ACAGCAUGUGGCAUUCUGACUUCAGCAGAGGCUGUGUUUGAUUUCACAGAUACAGCGGCUCUCUAGACAUCUGAAAAGACUCCGGAGCCCAAGUCCAUGAGCAGCAAAAGCUCCGUGGAGCUGCAGAGGGUGGCGGCCCUCCCGGCCCAGGGUUGCAGCAACAGUGGCUUUCAGAAUGAUGAAGAUGGCUUUGAAAACCAGAACACCUCAGCAAAUGACCACUCGCUAAGGAACAGAAUUGUGCAAAACAGAGAGCAUGAAAAUGGCAAACAGGUAGGAGAGCACAUCACCAUCGAGCAGGAUUCUCUAAGAAAGGAUGAAGAAGAGGAGGAUGAUCAAGAAACACAUCGAAAAGGGUGCCUGGGAAGGAUGUGUGGGAGGAUGUCUGAUUUUUGUAGGGAACACAAAACAACCCUUCGGUACAUCAUCUGGGGCAUUUUAAUAGCAGGUUACCUGGCCCUGGUGAUCGCAGCCUGUGUGAUGAACUUUCACAGAGCCCUUCCUCUUUUCGUGAUCACCGUGGUUGCCAUCUUCUUUGUGGUCUGGGAUCACUUCAUGGCCAAAUAUGAGUCUCAGAUAGCCCGGUUCCUGUCUCCAGGCCAAAGGCUACUGGACAGCCAUUGGUUCUGGCUGAAGUGGGUGAUAUGGGGCUGCCUGAUCCUGGCAGUUAUUCUCUGGCUGGUCUUUGACACUGCUAAACUGGGCCAACAGCAGCUGGUGUCUUUUGGAGGACUUAUAAUGUACACUUCCCUGACGUUUCUAUUUUCCAAGCACCCAACCAAAGUUUACUGGAGGCCUGUCUUUUGGGGAAUUGGGUUACAGUUUCUUCUUGGGCUUUUGAUACUAAGGACAGAACCUGGAUUUAUGGCUUUUGAUUGGUUGGGCAAACAAGUUCAGAUGUUCCUGGGGUACACUGAUGCUGGUGCUUCAUUUGUCUUUGGUGAGAAAUAUACAGACCACUUUUUUGCAUUCAAGGUCCUGCCCAUUGUGAUUUUCUUCAGCACUGUGAUGUCCAUGUUGUACUACCUCGGAUUGAUGCAGUGGAUCAUUAGAAAGGUUGGAUGGGUAAUGCUAGUGACUAUGGGAACAUCUCCUGUUGAAUCUGUAGUUGCUUCUGGCAAUAUAUUUGUUGGACAGACCGAGUCUCCUCUGCUGGUCCGACCAUAUUUACCAUAUGUCACCAAGUCUGAACUCCACGCGAUCAUGACCGCUGGGUUCUCUACCAUUGCUGGAAGUGUCUUAGGUGCAUACAUCUCUUUUGGGGUUUCGUCCUCUCACUUGUUAACUGCUUCAGUUAUGUCUGCACCUGCGGCAUUGGCUAUUUCUAAACUUUUUUGGCCUGAGACAGAAACACCCAAAAUAAACCUCAAGAAUGCCAUGAAAAUGGAAAAUGGUGAUUCAAGGAAUCUGCUAGAAGCUGCAACACAGGGAGCAUCCUCAUCCAUCUCCCUGGUGGCGAACAUUGCCGUGAAUUUGAUUGCCUUCCUGGCCCUGCUGUCUUUUAUGAAUUCAGCCCUGUCCUGGUUGGGAAACAUGUUUGACUACCCACAACUGAGUUUUGAGGUAAUAUGCUCCUACAUCUUCAUGCCCUUUGCCUUCAUGAUGGGAAUCGACUGGCAAGAUAGCUUUAUGGUUGCCAAACUCAUAGGUUAUAAGACAUUCUUCAAUGAAUUUGUGGCUUAUCAGCAACUCUCAAAAUUGAUCCAUUUAAGGCAAGCAGGUGGACCCAAAUUUGUGGAUGGGGUGCAGCAAUACAUGUCGAUGCGUUCUGAGGCAAUCUCCACUUAUGCUCUCUGUGGCUUUGCCAAUUUUGGUUCCCUGGGAAUAGUGAUCGGUGGACUCAGUUCCAUGGCUCCUUCAAGAAAGCAUGACAUCACCGCAGGAGCAAUGAGAGCGCUGAUUGCAGGGACCAUCGCCUGCUUCCUAACGGCCUGCAUCGCAGGCAUACUUACCAACACCCCUGUAGACAUCAACUGCCACCACAUUUUGGAGAAUGCCUUCAACUCCAGCUUAGUUAGAAAUACAACCAACGUCGUAUCUUGUUGCCAGGGUCUACUGAGCAGCACUGUUGUCAAGGGUCCUGGUGAGGUCAUCCCAACCGGAAACCAUAGCCUAUAUUCUUUGAAGAACUGCUGCAACUUGCUGAAUCCACCAACACUGAACUGCAGUUGGAUUCCUAAUGUACUCUGAGUCCAACCACUCCUCUAACGGAACUUUAAGUACAGGUGCUGAAUUUUCUGCUUUGAGGAGAAGGGGGAGAAACAAGCUAUUUCCACAGAUGGAUACUUCUGUCAUGGAGUUUCAGCUUUAAAGAAGAAAAACAGGAGUGAAUGCUUCAGAUCUAUAGCAUCUUCCUCCUCCCCGUUCUUCUCCUCCCCACAACUGAGAAUUACUCAUCUUGGUGUCCCAAAGUGACAUGUUGUCUCCAAAAAUGCUUCCUAUAUCAGAAGGAGAUUCUGGAGACGAUGCAAAGAUGCUUUUUAGUGAAACGUUCAUCACCAAAGAUCUUCAUGGCAUAAAGACCACAUUUUAUGAGCAAACACAAACACUAAUGACUGGAUUAAAGGGGCUUCACCCAAAAGAAAGAAUGUGAGAAAGGUUUUGGAAUACCUUAAGUAAUGUAUUUGUGUUUUCAUUUUUGUCCAUACACAAGAGUAAUUUUUUUAAAUCCAUGUGUAAAUAGUUGAUUUGUAUGUGUGGGGUGUGUGUAUGUGCAGUGGUGAUGAAGUGGGAACAUAAAUGGUAUUCACAUGUCCUUUCCCUCUGUUCUCUAUGUUCUGGUGUCAGCCUUCAUGAAAGCCCCAUGGCACAGUGUGUGAGGGAUUCCAACUAUUCAUAUGUUGGUUCUCCUCUGUUUACUAUGACUAUUAUUUUUCUCUCUCAUUCUUUUAUCUCUUUUUAACUCUUUGCAUUUUUCUACUCUGUUUUAUUCCUGAGAGUUAGUUUUCCCCUUUUCAAAUUCAAGAAUUAAUAUUCAUUUUUA